AUGGGGAGCAGCAACGAACAAGCCUCCAAUAGGAAUUGGUACCAAUGGUACUCUCCUGAUCAAACCCCAGAAGAAAGAAGAUUGGUUCUGAAGUUAGACCUCUUGAUUGUUCCAUAUGCCUUCAUCUUGUACUGGGUGAAAUAUAUCGACCAGACAAACAUUAACAAUGCUUACGUUUCUGGGAUGUCCGAAGACCUCAACUUCAACGGCAAUGAACUUGUGCAAUUCCAGACAAUAUUCGUUGUUGGGAAUGUAUUAGGCCUCCUCCCGUUCAUCUACCUCUUUCCACGAGUACCCAUGCACUUUUUGGUACCGACUUUGGACCUGGGUUGGGGGAUUUUUACUCUCCUGCAGUAUCGAGCACAGAGUUACGGGGAGAUCAUGGCCUACCGUUUCCUCGUCUCCAUCUUCGAGGCCUCUUAUUUUCCCGGUAUCCAUUUUGUGCUAGGCUCCUGGUACAGAAGUGACGAGAUUGGAAGGCGAGGUGGAAUUUUCUACGUCGGUUUGACCCUCGGCACCUUGACUGCCAGUCUUCUCCAGGCGGCUGCGACAACAUACCUAGAUGGGCAUAACGGACUGCCAGGCUGGCGAUGGUUAUUCAUCAUUAACGCAAUAAUCACCCUUCCCCUUGCAUUCCUGGGAUACUUCAUCUGGCCUGGUACGCCAGCCAGGCCCAACAAGCUCGUGAUCAGUGAGCGUGAUUUGGAGUUGGCUAGGUCUCGGCUGGAACGUCAAGGCUCAGUCGUCAAGAGUGUCCCUUUCUCUUUUGCACUGCUCAGUCGGAUUUUCAAAAAUUGGAAAUUCUACGUUUUGGUCUUGUGGGAUGUGUUCUUCUUCAACACCAGUGCAAAUACCGCAGCCUUCUUGCUGUGGAUCAAGAGUCUACACCGUUAUGACAUUGCGACUAUGAACAAUUUUUCCGCGAUAAGUCCUGCUUUGGGGAUAUUUUUCGUGCUGUUCAUCAACUUCAGUGCUGAUCUAUGGAUCUCGCGGGCUAAUGCUAUUACCCUUGCAUCAGCCUUCAACUUUACCGGACUCGUUAUCCUCGCGGUCUGGAACGUGCCCGAGGCAGCGAAGUGGUUCGCUUUUAGUGUGUCGUACUCGGCAGUGGCUGUGUCUUCGGUGCUCUAUGGCUGGGCUAACAUCAUCUUGAAGGACAACAUCGAAGAAAGGGCAUUGACUCUUGUUUUGAUGACUGCCAUUGCAACAUCGACCAAUGCUUGGAUCCCACUGUUUGUUUAUCCCACAGUUGAAUCGCCGCGGUUUCCAAAAGGCUAUGUCUAUUCGGCUUCCAUGGUCGUAUGCCUGGUCGUAAUGACCCAUAUAAUAUCGCACCUUUUUGGCAAUGACGGUCAGAAGCGUUCAAACACCGCACAAGGGCUCGCCGAGGCCGAACCAGGAUCAGAGAGGGAUUUGGCCAAUGGCAAGGAUUUCCAAAGAAUCGAUGAGACCAAUGCUAUCAAGAACACCGGAUCACAAGCCACAAUUCCGGCUGAUGGAGUACCGGCAGCAUGA